AUGGGAGAUCCAAUGAAAGAAAAUGAUCAAGGUUCCGGAUAUCAAAGUUGGACUGUUGAAGAGAGCAAUGAACUUCGUAAACUUAUGUCUCAUCCUAAAGAUUCAAGCUUACAGACAGACCCUCAUCCAGACUAUGAAGAUCUGGGAAUUGCAGUUGGUAACAGUACAGCUAGAGGGACACACUCUAUUGCCAUAGGAGACGAUACUAUAGAAGAAAAUAGAGAAAGUGGGAGCUUGCUAGAUGAUUUCACAUAUGAUCCCUCAAGUGAUGCCUUUAUUCUGUCAAAACUCUUUCAUGCCAACCUCAACUCAACAACCAUGUUCGGAGCCUCGUCCACCUCAAGAAAACGAGCUAAAACUGAUUCUCAAACUAAGGCUACCUCAUUUGAUCCUAAAGAUACCCAAGACCUCGUAGAAAAACUUACAUCAAAUGUGGAAAAGUUUACUCGUGCUAUUGAGUCAAUUGACACAAAAGAGUACAACUGUUGGGAUCUGAUUAAGGAGAUUCUAGGCUUAACUUCUGAGGAUCGUUUCAAAGCUCUUGAUUUGCUUAAUACCAAAGCAAAAGAGUCAGAGUUUUCUAACAUGUCCCCGGAUGAACAAGCUAUGUGGAUAGCAUAUAAGUUCAAAUGA